AUGAAGACCUCUGCUCUCUUGACCGCUGGCCUUCUGGCCACCGCCGCCAUUGCUGCUCCUCUCACCGAGAAGCGCGCCGCUGCCAAGCGUGCCGGCAGCCGUAAGAGCAACCGCCCUCUCAAGCCUGGCACCAGCGAGGCGAUCAACCUGACCGGCUCCAAGAACGUCGAGUACUCGUCCAACUGGGCCGGCGCCGUGCUCAUCGGUACCGGCUACACGGCCGUCACCGCCGAGUUCACCAUUCCCACCCCCUCCCUCCCCUCUGGCGCCUCCAGCCGCGAGCAGUACUGUGCCUCCGCCUGGGUCGGUAUCGACGGUGACACCUGCGGCACCGCCAUCCUGCAGACCGGUCUCGACUUCUGUAUCGAGGGCAGCACCGUCAGCUACGACGCCUGGUACGAGUGGUACCCCGACUACGCCUACGACUUCAGCGGCAUCAGCUUCUCCGCCGGCGACGUCGUCAAGGUCACCGUCGACGCCACCAGCAAGACCGCCGGUACCGCCACCGUCGAGAACGUCACCAAGGGCACCACCGUCACUCACACCUUCAGCGGUGGUGUUGAUGGCGAUCUCUGCGAGUACAACGCCGAGUGGAUCGUCGAGGACUUCGAGGAGAACUCCUCCCUCGUUCCCUUCGCCGACUUCGGCACCGUCACCUUCUCCAGCGCCUACGCCACCAAGAGCGGCUCCACCGUUGGGCCCUCCGGCGCCACGCUCAUCGACAUCGAGCAGAACAACAAGGUUCUCACCUCUGUCUCCACCUCCAGCAGCUCCGUCACCGUCGAGUAUGUUUAA